GGGGCCCAAAUCCAGUACGUGGGCGGCUGGGCCCUGGCUCGGGCUCGGGCCCUGUUCCGCUGCCCAGCUCCGACGUUGUGCUGCCUCGGUGGAGGCGAGGGUGCGGUGUUGUAACAGAGCUUUAUAUUAAGGACAUGGUAACUAACUUUGAUGAAAAACAUGAUGAAUAUUUAAUAGCACUUCAGCAGAGAAACCGGCUACUGAAAUGUUUGAAAAGAAAGGAUCCUGCACAAAUCAAACUGGAGCAGUUAGAGCAGGGGUUUUCUCUGUAUAUGAAUGGAGCGAAUUCGGAGCUGAGAAACUACCACAAAAAAAUCCCCUCAUUUGGGUGCUUCAGAAAUGAGACACAGUCCUCCACUACGAACGCAUCCCAGCUAAAAGCCAGUGAAUUGCAAGUACGCAGUGCACAGACUGCACCAAGAAAAAUACAACGCAAAGGAUGGCUUCAGAAAGCUGUGGAGAUUAAAACAGAAAGAGGGACCAAACUCUGCGUUAAACCUCCUCUUGAGUACUCUGAGGAUUUUGAACCUUAUGAAAGCAUGAGCAUGGAGAGAAAUAGUGAUGAUCCUCUCCAUUACUCCCAGAAACUGAAAAGCAGCAUGCAACUCAGUGUGGAAGAGGAAAAGAUGGAAGAAGAUUCUUCUAGUGAGGAUUAUGACUUUGUUGAAGAGGAAGUGUUUUCAGAACCAUCUCUUACUGAAGAAACAAUUACAAGCUUUGGAAGCCUUCAGUUGCACAGCAGUAGAUCAUUGCAGAAGGAAGCUUCUGAAUGUCAGGAUGCUGGAAGAUGCUCUGGCCUGGUUUCUGGUGCCCUUACUGCAUUGGAGUACAAGCAGGAUCAAAGUAAAUUGAAGCCAGUGCGAGUUCUCUCAGCCAAAAGAAAAGAUAAUGCUGAAACGUAUAUUCCUGUCAGACCAGUUGUGGCAAAAAGUAAAAUCAAUCGACCGUUCUCUGCUGAGUCCUUGCAGCCAGAUGGGCAGGAAAGAAUUUGCUAUAGACCAUUAAGUCGACCAGAAAGACCACUUUCAGCAGCUAGAAAGAAUGAGUGUGAAAAGGACUCUGAACUCUCCGUUUCAGCUGUGGUUAAAGCUAUGCAAAUUGAAAAUGAAGCCUUGCAGAGAGAUUUGCAAAGCCAGUCAGUUUCCACAAACCCUCAAAAGAAGAAAUUUUCUGUUCCAUCUGUUCUCUCUGCAAUGGUUGAACCUUCAGAAAAAACCCAGGCAAAGACUGCUGUCACAGAAGAUGUAGAGAGCACCUGUCCUUUUGGAAACAGACAACAGGAGAAACUUCAGGAAUUUCUUCAGGAGACUGAGAGCAGUUCUACCUGUGAUAAUGACAUACUCCUAUCUGAUGAAAAAUCAGAAGCAAAUUGUGUUUUAACAGAGAAGAUGAUGACAAAUGUGGAAAUACACAAUGCCAUUUAUGUGACUGUGGAACUUCUUUCUAACUGGGGAAAUCCAGUAAACAUUGGCUUGAGAGAGGUGGAAUUCUUUGAUUUAUACAACAAGAAGAUAUUUGUGUCUCCUCAUGAUGUGGACAUUCGGAAUGCUGACUACCCAGGGGAUUUAUGCUGCUUGGUCAAUAACUUAAAUACGACAAAGGAACGCGUCCUUUGGAUGUGCCCUUUCCAUCCGCCCAUCCAACUUUACUUUGUUAUCCGCAAUCCCACUCGAUCCCAUGACUUUGGUGUAUCCAAGAUCAAGAUUUGGAAUUACAGCACAACAGCUAGUGACCUUGAUGUUGGAGCAAAGAAGGUGAAGUUAUAUGUUGAUGAGAGACUUGUAUUUGAUGGUGAAUUGGAAAGAGCCUGUGGAGAUCUCGUUGCAGACCGUGGCACUACAAUUGAUCUUAUAGAAUGCAAGCAAGGUAUAACAUGUUCUUCAAAUGAAGAUGAAGAAGUAAAUGAAACUGCAGUGAAGGAUGAGGAAGUGGACCUGUGUUUUGAAUGCUUACAGACAAACCAUACAUCAGUAAGCUUGAAAUCUCUGCCAGAAGAUCAUCUUGAGGAUAAGGUGAACUCAGUCAGCUUGACUAAGGAAAACUUAUCCGGCUUAGAGGAUGAUCUAGAAGUGUUACCAUCUCACGUUGGUAUAAAAGAUACGAAAGAAAGUGUGGUAGAAGUUAUUGAUCAUGAUCAGUCUGAUGAUGAACUUCCUUUGAGUGGGCAAAUGGAAAAGCUAACAGGAAGAAAACUGUCUGAUUCUGCAGGUGCAAUUCCUUCUUGGUUACACUCAUCUUCCCAACAAAAAGAGAAUCCUCAAGAUAGUUCUGGUAAGCAGAAGCCUCCCUGGCUUGCUUCAGAACAUUGUUUAGACUUGAAAUUUCAAACACACUUGGAUGUAAUUACAAAGAGUUUCCCUGAUCUAACUAAUGAAGAUGCCAAAUGUCACAGAAAUGAGCUGGGAAGAUUGAGUAGUAGAAAUGCAAAUGGAGAUGUGAGAUCGCAAAUGCUGACCAGAAAGGACAGUGAUGUUGGCUUGGAUAUUUCAGAGCAACUUUCUAACAAGCAUGGCUGCACCUCAGAGUACCCAACAAGUGGAAGGAGAAGUGUAAGAAAGCAGGGAUUAAACACCGUAAACCUUAGAAAUGAUUCAGUACUCAAAGAUGAGGACUUGUCUAUCAAGGAAGUUGGCACAUCUAGAGCAGAGUGGCACACUGAACAAGAACACACUCUGCAGGAGUCCUGGAACUCAUUGGUGAAGUUUAAUUACUCCCAUCGUGGCCGAAUCUCUAACCUGGAUUUUCAGGGGGAUAUCUUCGAUGAGUUUCUCCAUCAGCAGAAAAUCAACCGGCUGGGAGAAUAUCAUCUGAUGAGAAAAGAGGGAGUACAAGCACUACCAAAAAAGAGAGAAGAAAAUUCUGUGGAGGCACAUGAUGGAAAUGAUUUUAAAAUACCCGUCUUACCUUAUGGGCAGCACUUAGUAAUAGACAUUCGAACAACGUGGGGAGACAGACAUUAUGUUGGUCUUAAUGGAAUUGAAGUUUUCAGUUCUAAAGGAGAGCCUGUUCAGAUUUCAAAAAUAACAGCUGAACCACCUGAUAUAAAUAUUUUACCAGCUUAUGGCAAAGAUCCCAGAGUAAUAACCAAUCUAAUUGAUGGGGUAAAUCUGACACAGGAUGAUAUGCAUCUCUGGCUAGCACCGUUUACCCCUGGAAAACCUCACUUUAUCUUUAUUGACUUUGUGAAUCCCUGUCAAGUAGCUAUGAUUAGGAUUUGGAAUUAUAAUAAAUCUCGCAUACACUCUUUUAGGGGUGUGAAAGACAUUAUAAUGAUGUUAGAUGAACAAUGCAUCUUUAAAGGAGAAAUUGCUAAGGCUUCGGGAACCUUGUCUGGAGCUCCAGAGCACUUUGGGGAUACAAUACUGUUCAGUACUGAUGAUGAUAUUCUUGAAGCUAUAUACUGUUAUGAUGAGACAUAUGAUGGAGAAAUGGAGAAUGCCAGCUCUCUGAGGUAUGAAGAAGAGCUAAAGAGGCCAACAACAGCUGAUGGGGAUGGAGAUGAAAGACCUUUUACGCAAGCAGGGUUAAGAACAGAGGAUCAACAGGUGCAAAAGCAGGCAGUCCUGCUGGAUUCUCUCUCUGCUUGUACACCCAAGGAACCAGGAAUAUUUACUGGAAAGUGCUUGCAACUGAAUUUUACCGUGACUUGGGGAGAUCCUCAUUACCUUGGACUGACUGGACUGGAAGUGAUAGGAAAGAAUGGCCAAGCAUUAAAAAUAAGUACGGAACAGAUUUCUGCUUCACCCCAAGACUUAAAUGAUCUUCCAGAGUAUACAGGAGAUUCUAGAACAUUAGAAAAGUUAAUAGAUGGGACUAAUAUUACAGCUGAGGAUGACCAUAUGUGGCUCAUUCCUUUCUCUUUCGGAGAAAAUCAUCUACUCACAAUCCAUUUUGAUAAAAGUGAAAGUAUUGCAGGGCUUCGUUUCUGGAACUAUAAUAAAUCUCCAGAGGAUACCUAUAGAGGGGCAAAGGUAGUCCACGUAAUGCUGGAUGGUCACAGCAUCUCCCCACCAGAGGGCUUUCUUAUCCGCAAGGGACCAGGCAACUGCCACUUUGACUUUGCCCAAGAAAUUCUCUUCCUUGACUAUCUGCAGCCCCAGCUAAUGAACAGAGUACAGAGGAGGACUGGUUCAAAGAGAAUGGAACAAGCUAGUAUGGACUAUGAAGCACCACUCAUGCCAUGUGGUUUUGUUUUCCAGUUUCAGCUUCUAACAAGCUGGGGCGAUCCGUACUACAUUGGUUUGACUGGUCUGGAGUUUUUUGAUGAACGUGGAGACCAAAUCCUACUAACUGAAAACAAUAUUGCUGCUUUUCCAGAUAGUGUCAACGUUUUAGAAGAUAUAUCUGGAGAUAUCCGAACUCCAGACAAACUCAUUGACGGCGUAAAUAACACAACUGAUGGCAGACAUAUGUGGCUUGCACCACUUCUUCCUGGUUUGGUGAAUAGAGUAUAUGUUAUUUUCGAUGCACCUACCACUGUGUCAAUGAUCAAAUUGUGGAAUUAUGCCAAAACACCCCAGAGGGGUGUGAAGGAAUUUGGUCUUUUGGUGGAUGACUUGCUUGUGUACAAUGGGAUUCUGGAUAUGGUGAACCAUGUAGUUUCAGGCAUCCUACCCACCUGUGAUCCAGUAGUUCCAUAUCACACCAUUCUCUUUACGGAUGAUGAGAAGAUUUGCCAUCAGAAGAGAACUGUAAUUAGCAAUCAUGUGGAAGAUCAGGAUGUACGAAUGAUGAAUGAAAACCAGAUUGUCACCAACAGCAAAAAGAAACAGGCUGUGGCUGAUCCAGCUUUGCGUCCAAAAACCUGUCUGUGUGAAAAAGGACUGCAGAGGAGGAAAAGAUAACAAGGGCUUGACUGCAAAGUCCUGAAUACAUCCAGCUCUGGACACUUGCAUCUUGGAGAGCUAGAUGACUUAUCAUCCAAAUGGAAUUUACUCCACACUUGUUGCUGAACCACCUCCUGUCUUAUGAGAGGAAGUUGCCUUUGCUACAGGAAAACUUCCUUCAGUAAUGAAAUUUAAAGCAUGAGUUAUUUAGUUUUCUGGUUCUUUUAUUGUCAUAAUCUGCGAUGACAGAUCAGAAAGUGGGUUUAUUGAGGUUUAAUGAGUAAGCUUCAGCUUUCACUUACCUUUUUUUUUUUUUUUUUCCAGUGAAAAAAUGUUUUCUUCUAUUAUUUCACUACCAUGUAAAAGCAAAAAAAAAAAAAAAAAAAGCAUUAGCACUGUGCACAUCCCUCAGAUCUUCCUGCUGCCCUCCACUACAGCCUGCAUUGGGAUCUGCGAACAAGGAGGCCGUCCCUCUGGGCUGCACCAACCAGCUCUGCUGCCAGCGAUGGGCCAUCCCUUUUGAGAAGUGGUAAAGGCAUUUUAAUGAGCAGAUGGUAAGGAGUGAAUGGCAUUUUUAAAACACUGAGUACCCUGAAUGCCUGGCCGUUUAACCAGGAAUUCUAACCAAAUAAUUGUGCUGCGGGAUUUGUAGCUAUGCAAAUGUGCUUUUCAAUGAAUAUUUGUCAGUGGUGACAACCUGUAAAUCUCUUACAAGAUCUAAUAGAACAUUCUUCCUUUCUCAUUUAGAACUUACUGUUUUCAAAAAGAACUGAAAGUUCUGAAAUGCUUUUAUGUGUGAAACAAAGAUGCAUAGUAUUGCAGCUCCUGAUGUGGAUUCAAAAUGUGCUGCUUUACUCGCCAUAAAGCCAGGAGCUGCAGUAGUUUGUGUGUUUGUUUACAAAAUACUUGGCUGUUGUUGGCUGAGCUGUAAAGACCCAAGAUAGCAAUACCUUUCCUGGAUUUCUCUGUUGAUGGGGCAACAAAAUGUAUUUUGUACUAAAUGCAAAACACUUCUGUAUGUAAAAUAGAUGCUUAUUUGUUUAUAACGUAAAUAGAAUUUGUUAUGGAACUUAAUUAUUGGUAUUGUUACUAACAUGACAAGUGCUCAUGCUAAAAAAUAAAAGCAUAUGAAUAAAAGACAUUUUCACAAA